AUGCCACCUAAGAGAUCAAGAUAUGUACCAGGAAAAGAGAUUUUGGUUCCUAGGAUGUCUCCUAGGACUACCCCAGCACAAAGAGAGACUUUGGUCUCUAGGAAGUCUCCUAGGACAACCCCAGCAGAAAGAGAGACUUUGAUCCCUAGGAGGACACCAUCACAAAGAGAGAAUUUGGUUCCUAGGAGGUCUCCUAGGACGACAGCAUCAUCUAGAAGGACUACAUCGCCUAUGGAGACACCAUCCCCUAGAGGUCGACAACCUAUGCAAACACCAGAUCGUUCCACAACACCAACGCCUAGUGAGACAUCAAUACCUAGUGGUCCAGAGUAUGCGGAAACACCAAUUCCAAACAUUACAUCGUCUAGAGGUCAUUCUCCUAUAGAUCCUGUAGAUGAGAGUACUGAAGAUACACCUGUAUCCACUGGUAUGUUGGAUCAGUUUGACAUUGAUCUGAAUGAUCCUCAAUGGAUAGAUAUUAUUGAGAGGCAUUGUCAUGAUAGAAAUGCUAGAUUCAUUUCUGGUGUUGGACCAGCUCCAAAAAAGAGCUACAGCAAGCUGCUUAACCAACCUACCCCUCAGUUGGCUACAGAGUUUGAAGAUUACAAGGUUAAGGUAAAAAGACUUGCACAAGUUGUGGAUCAACAGGCAGAACUCAUUGCCAGACUUUCUGCAUUCUUGGAUGUGAGUCAGCAUCCUUCAAGCCACAACCAGUCGCCGCCACCACCACCACCUACUGCAACAAUGACUUGA